UUCCGCCCCUUUUGAAAGUACARCCUGACGCCUCACAGUUCAGCCUGAGCAGCUGCUGGAGCCACAAAGUCUUUUUUCUUUUUCUGUCAGGAUGGGUGUGAUAUGGCUUCCCAACGCAUCUAGGAUCCUGUGCUUUUCUUUUCAUAUUAUUCUCAUUCUGCUUCAACAGACUACUGCAGCACGAGAACUGAAGUUUGUGGUUGUAGUUUUCCGACAUGGUGACCGAACACCGAUUGUAAACUUUCCAACUGAUCUACACAAAGAAAGUGAAUGGCCCCAGGGAUUUGGACAACUCACCAAGACUGGAAUGCAGCAGCUGUUUGAACUUGGACAGUAUAUGAGGAAACGAUAUUCCAGCUUCUUGAACAGCACCUACAACCGGCAAGAGUUUUACAUCCAAAGUACAGAUUAUGAUCGCACCAUCAUGAGUGCCCARUCAUAUCUUUCUGGCCUUUUCCCACCAACUAGCAGCCAAAUUUGGAACCCUGAGCUUCUCUGGCAACCCAUUCCAGUUCAUACUUUUCAAAAAUCAACAGAGCAGAAGCUGCAUUUUCCUCUGCCCAACUGUCCCCGUUUUGAUGAACUUGAGAAAGAAACACAAACAUCUAAAGAAUUUCAAAAUAGAAUACAACCAUAUAGGGACUUUAUACAAACAAUGGCAGUCAACACAGGUCUUGAACUAAAUCACCUUAAAAUACUGGACAAUUUCCAGCUCUGGAAUACAUAUGAUACUCUAUAUUGUGAGGAUAUUCACAAUUACACUCUCCCUGUAUGGGCUACCAAAGAUGUAAUCAACAAGAUGGAAAAACUGGCAGAAUUGUCCUUAUUGUCAUUAUUUGGGAUUUAUAAAAGAGAAGAAAAAUCACGACUACAAGGAGGUGUCCUUGUGAAUAYUAUUUUAAAUAGUAUUAAACAAGCUGUGAAUUCUUCAAAUCCAAGAAAAAUGGAGGUCUACUCUGCACAUGACACCACAAUUGGGGCCGUCCAGAUUGCUCUCAAUAUUUUCAAUGGAAAACUGCCACCAUAUGCUGCUUGCCAGUUUUUUGAACUCUACCAAGAAAGCAAUGGGCAAUAUAGCAUCGAAAUGYACUAUCGGAAUGACACUUCAAAGGAUCCUUAUCUCCUCACUUUGCCAGGGUGCACCUCUUCUUGUCCACUUGAGAAGUUUGCUGAAUUAGUUUCUCCUGUGAUUACAGAAAAUUGGGCAAAAGAAUGUGGGAAGAAAGACAAAAUGAAAGAUAUUUUUAUCGGAUUUAAUGUUGCCGUUGUCUUGUUGUCCAUUUUUAACCUUGCACUGCUCUACCUCCUUUAUCAUUAUGGACACUGCAGACGCAGAAACAAUUACCAAGACAUUUAAAUGGGAGGUAAAGAAACAAAAGGGAGAGCAGCUAUACAUCAGGARAUACUUGAAGUUGCUGAUAUCCAUCAGUUUGCUCUGGUCAAAUUAAUCUCCAAAGCAUAUCCAAUAAACCUGAACAGCUGAGGUAUCUGUGGCCUAGUCCUAAAAUUCUAAACAUCUGCAGUGAGAAAUACUGUAGAAAUGCUUCAUUUUAGAAUUUACUGGAUGGAUGGAAUUACUCCAAUUUAUAUCUUUAGGUAUUCUUCUACUACUAUUAAUCAAUCCUACAUCAUCCAGUGGGGUGAAGGGAUGCUAUUGCCUAUUUUUAUAUUGCCUAUUACCAUUUAGCCCUCUGCUGCUCAACAAGUAUUUCUUAAAAAUCACAGUCUGUAAUACUUCCCUUACUUCUUAUAAAUGUUUUUUUUGUCCCUUCUGUUUCUUUGAGCCACUCUUAGAAUAAUUCUUCAAGCUAUCACUCUCCAAUUAUCUUUAAUUUUAAUUUACAGUAACUCCUUUAACUCCUUGCUCUGUUCAAAAUCCCGUGUGUUAGCAAGACAUACAUUGAAAGUAAGRAAACAAUUAUUCUGCUUUUUGUGUAUUGAUCUUUUCUGUGCAAUAUGUUUUGUUUACAUUGGAAGCUACUCAUGUCUGUGAAUGUGUUUCUGUAACUGCUCUCAAGUGUCAUAAACUAGUAUAAUAAGCACUAAUAUUGCUGUAUAAAAUCCUGCUUAUCGCCAUGUGUUUCAAGGGCUGAAUCACGACUUUUUUAUCCUGCAGUCCUGCAGAGAAUACUGUGAAUUACACUAUCAUGGAGAAGCCUCUUUAAAAAUCAAGAAAACUAUACAAACAGAUGCCACCAGCAAGUUUAACCCAACAGAAAUAAUGAGUUCAAGCUAAUGUGCUCCAGCUAAUGUUCCUGUUGAGAUUCAGAAGUCUAGAGAAAGCUGAGAGAUGGAGCUGCUUAAUUCAGCCACAGCAUCACAGCAAUGUGAAAACAUUACUUCUGGACUGACUUCCACUCACAUUCUGUGGGUUGCAAUGUCGAGCCCAGGAGCCCUGGUCACUGAUGUAGAGCUCAGCCCUCAAUACUACAGCUGAAAUAGUCAUAUGUAGUGAUAUAGUUAUAUGUAGUGAUAUAAACAACAUAAAUGAGAGUAAUAAAUGCUUCUGGGAUUAUAGUACUUCCCAAACAUUGCAUUCUCUUGUAGUAACUUCAGCUACUAAAGUGUACACCCCUUGAAAAAUCAUUUCUCACUUGUAAAGCUUUUAGCAGUAUCCAUGACAUUUCCAUUUUAUCUGUUUUAGGAAAUCUCAUAAACAACUGAUGGAUUUGAUUCUUACAUGUUCAAGAUUUUUAUUUUAAACAAGUAGGGGCAAAGCUGUCAAAAAGAUGAAAGGCUGUCCCUAAAUCAGAUGGUUUAAAUGUACAAGCUUCAGCCUGUAACUAGUAGUUUUGAUCCUCAUGCAAAAACUUACAGGAAUGUCUAUAUUGCAACCAAAAGUAUGAGAGCAGCUCCAGGGAAAAAAGCCUGAGCUGGCUUGGUUACUAUUGCCAGUGCACUCACAGUGGGGAAAAGUUCAGAACUGCAAAACUCAUCCUGCUCCUGAAUAAAUAUAUUCAGUGGUUACCUGAUACUGAGUUCUGUAUUACCAUGGCCACAAUGCUGCAAAUACCURCUUAAGGAUGGAUUACGUCUUUUAUUGGAGGGAGUCAGAUGCUUGACAAGCAAAGAUGUAUCAUUGACUGAUAAUGUGCAGUAAAAACCAGUACUGAGAUAUUAAAAAAUCAGUCAAUUGCACUCCACAAGAGGCAGAAUGGGACACUUUUUUUUUUUUUUUCUGACACUGCCUGUUAGAGAAAGAAGUAGAUUCAGACAGAAACUAAAAUGUGAAGUGUCUGAGACAUUUUCUCUGGUUUAUGCUGCUCAAGCCUAAGCUGUAAAAAGAAAUUUCAGAAAAUGAGGCAAUUCUUAUUGGAGCAAGAGCUGUCAGGAAGGGCUUUGAUUGUAGGGACACCUUUUUGUUAACAAAUARUCAUACUUGAAAAUGCGUAUGCACUUUUAGAAAGGAUCCAGUGAACACAAGUUACACAAGGUUCAGAUGAUGUAACUUCAGAAUCAAUGAGGGUACAUUAAAGAUGUAAUACAUGAGUAAAGUAGGCCCUGAAUCUCACUUAUAGGAAAGAUGUUUUGUCUUGCUGUGACUAAAUCAAGUAAAAUUUGUCCAGUGGAGUAAAAGGUUGUACAUGUAGACAAGUUUGUGGMUUUUUUCAUUUUUUCAGUCAUAUUUACAAUUUGCUUCAUAUAAUCUGCAGACUGUGAUUAAAAAAUAUCUUGUCACCAAGCAACUUGUGGCACUGCAAUAAAGUACUUUAAAGGAACAAUUCAACCUUUGUAAUUGUAUAUUACUGAAAAACAAUGGAGCUUUCAGUAUGUCUAGAGUUUCCAAACAAAACAAAAUGUUCAAGUUUGUUGCUUCAGUAAGAACAAAUUUUUUAAAGCACUUGUGCUCUGACACAAAUAAAGUUGAUGACAUGAAGCUCCUCAAUUUGCCCUCUAGCAGUGACAUCAUCUGUCUCUACAAUAAUUACAGUAGCAACUUGACACUGUGGCAGGGUUUUCUGGUACCUAUGGUAGACAGCAGUGCAUAUGCAGCACUUUUCAGUUCAAUCAGCAACUACAUCCUCUUACUGAAUUGAUUUUAUUCUGAAACUUCUUUAUUCAGAGGCCUGAAUAUUGCACACUMUGGGUAAGCAAAGCAUAACCAUCUGACUUCCAGAUAAUACCAGCAGUAUCAGAUCAGUCAGGAGCACUCAUGUUCAUUUGUACCUGUAAUGUAAGGAUAUUGGAUCCAAAUGAUAGUAUUUCUUCUCACUGAGGUAAGAUACAGAAAGCAGAAUGACAGAUGCACUCUA